UGCCAAAGUAAAUGUAUUCGUGGAGCAGGCAAAAAUAAACAGUUUUUUAAAAGUGCGAUAUCGCGAUGUUUGUCUAUAACUAUGUGUAACCUAAUUUAUGAAUGGGCAGUAAAAAAACUGUUUGUUUUGUAAUUUCUAUUAUCAUUUUAAAUAUUUGCAUUUUCGUGUUUAUAGCAUUAUUGUUCCCUUUUUUAGAGAAGUUCCAUUAUUGGGCGUAUUAAACAUUUAUGUCUAGUGAAACACAAUUUGUGCAGGAUAAUGUUAAAUUUUAAGUGUGUGCCGUUUUUUGGAAAUGAUAAAAGUAUAUCCACGAUGAAUGUGCGGGUUACCACCAUGGACGCGGAGCUGGAGUUCGCCAUCCAGCAGACCACGUCCGGUAAACAGCUCUUUGAUCAGGUGGUAAAAACAAUCGGCCUCAGAGAGGUGUGGUUCUUCGGGCUCCAGUACACCGACUCCAAGGGAGAUCUCACCUGGAUCAAGCUAUAUCGAAAGCCGGAAUCUGUUUACAAAAAAGCAGUAAAAUGUAUUAAAGGAAUAAAACGUCAUUAUGAUAAAUAUGGCACUGACGUCGAUUCUGACGAUGACAGUGACGCCGAAAUGGUGAUGAGCCAAGAGGUGAAAAAAGAGAACCCACUGCAAUUCAAGUUUCGCACUAAGUUCUACCCGGAAGACGUAGCCGAAGAACUAAUCCAAGAUAUCACCUUGCGAUUGUUUUAUCUUCAAGUGAAAAAUGCCAUUCUCUCUGACGAAAUAUACUGCCCGCCAGAAACGUCCGUCCUUUUGGCGUCAGUAAUGAAUCAACAUAAAAUGUCAAAAGACGAAUGGGAAAAUAGCAUAAUGACCUGGUGGAAAGAACACAAAGGAAUGCUGAGAGAAGACGCCAUGAUGGAAUACCUAAAAAUCGCGCAAGAUUUAGAAAUGUAUGGCGUCAACUACUUUGAAAUCCGCAACAAGAAGGGCACCGAAUUGUACCUUGGGGUGGACGCUUUAGGUUUGAAUAUUUACGAAAAAGACGAUCAACUCACCCCGAAAAUCGGUUUCCCUUGGUCGGAAAUCCGAAACAUAUCGUUCAAUGAUAGAAAGUUCAUCAUCAAACCUAUCGAUAAAAAAGCGCCGGACUUUGUAUUCUUCGCACCGAGAGUCAGGAUAAACAAAAGGAUUUUGGCCCUUUGCAUGGGCAACCACGAGCUGUACAUGAGGCGCAGAAAGCCCGACACCAUCGAUGUGCAACAAAUGAAAGCGCUCGCCAGAGAGGAAAAACUGCAAAAACAGCAGCAAAGAGAAAAGCUGCAAAACGAGAUUGCAGCUCGCGAAAGAGCCGAAAAGAAACAGCAGGAAUACGAGGAGCGAUUGAAGCAGAUGCAGGAGGACAUGGAGAAGAGCCAGGCAAACCUUGUCGAGGCCCAGGAGAUGAUUAGAAGGCUUGAGGAGCAACUUAAACAAUUGCAAGCGGCCAAGGAUGAAUUGGAGAAGAGGCAGAACGAGUUGCAAGCCAUGAUGGAACGUUUGGAAGAAAGCAAGAACAUGGAAGCUGCAGAACGUCAAAAACUGGAAGAUGAGAUACAGGCCAAGCAGCAGGAGGUCCAGCGUAUCCAAGAAGAGGUUGAAGCUAAAGAUACUGAAACAAAACGCCUCCAAGAGGAAGUCGAGAACGCCCGUCGCAAAGAGGAAGAACUUAAGGAGCAACAGCUGGCAAACGCCACCAAGGGCCACUUGGAAGAAAACCACCAUGACGACGACGACGAAAUGGUUAACGGUGACGUCAGCAAAGACUUGAGCACCGAUGAAAACAUCAUCGACCCCAUCGAGGAUAGACGAACACUCGCAGAACGCAAUGAACGUCUUCAAGAUCAACUUCUAGCUUUGAAGAAAGAUUUAGCUCUAUCGCGCGAUGACACCAAGGAAACUGCCAUGGAUAAAAUUCAUAGAGAAAACGUGCGCCAAGGAAGAGACAAAUACAAGACUCUUCGCGAAAUUCGCAAGGGAAACACCAAACGUCGCGUCGACCAGUUCGAAAACAUGUAAGACUAUUUAAUGAAAUCCCUCCUUUUAUACUUACGCAUGUGUCAGCUUUUUAUUGAAUGUUUAUUCUUUUAUAUAAAAAAUCAAAAUCUAAUCAAAAUAACUAUGUUUCAAUACAUGAUAUUAUCAAUAAAAAAGUGAUACACUAAUAUAAAAAAAAUUAAAUACUGUCAAUUAACGAUAAGUAAACAAAACUCCUCAAUGCUCAAUGGAUGUUGGCGAUUUUGCCUCUUGUAUUAAAAAUUUAGUUUUUGGGUUUUCUACUUAUGCAUUUAUAAGUAUUAUUUUUUAACGUAAGAUAGAGCUUUUGCUCAAUAAGUGGCCUUACAGAAUUACCUAAAAUAUGUUCACAUUGUUAUUUGUAGUAAGGGCUUUUUAUAUAUUAUAUUUUAUCUAUGUUAAAAAUUAUGUAUUAAAAUUGUUUUUCUGUUAGAUAUAUUGUGAUUUAUAUAUAAUAUAUACAAUUAAAAGGGCAGAUCUGUUGAUUAUUUUGAUUAUGCAUAGGUACAGUUAAUGCAUUUUGUUCAAAUUCAUAUUUUUUUGUUAAAUUUUUAUUUAGUCAAAUAAUCAUUCCAAUUUAUGUAAUUAUUCAUAUAAUAAGGUUAAUAUGGUAGUAGUUGUCUUUUAAUUUUAGUGCCAUUUGGUUUUUGGGCUUGACCAUUAAUACAUUUUUAAUACAUAGAAAAAAAGGAUUAUGUAAUAAUUUUCCUUUUUAAUAAAAAGAAUAUGUAAAGGAGAAAUGAUUUACUUACAUAGAUAUAUAUAUAUUUGUAUGCAUUUUUAUGUUUACUAAUAUCACAUCUAGGGUUAACAACAAUUUAUUAUAAGUAAUUAAAAUCAUCCUGUUCCUAAUUAACCUGGAUUUAAAAAAGUGUCUUAUUUUAUAUCAUGCAAAGACUUCACUGGUGCUUCCUUUUUAAAUGUAAAUAAUUUGCAAACACUUUUGAACACUAAAAUGUAUAUAUAUUUCAUUAAACCCUGUUGCCUUUGACCAAUAUUGUUUUGAAUUUAAAUUAUUAUUUGUUGGUUGUGGUUUGCAUAAUUGAUAAACCCCAGUAUCAAUAGAUUAACAUCGAAUCAAAAGUAUUUUUUAUAGUAACAAACAUUAUAUUUUGUUUUAAACUAUUACGAUUAUGUUUACCUACUUAUAUAUUAGAAGCUUCUUAUAUAACACCUACCUAUUUAAUCUAUUUUAAUAUCAAACUGUAUUAUCCAUUUGUAUAUUUAUAUUCUCCAACAUUUAAUUACAUAUUCUCUAAUGUUUGUAUUUUUAUUAGUUAUUCAUUAUAGGGUAAAAUAAAUAUUCUUGAAUCUUUAAAA